AUGCCAGUCGAUCUCGACCAUGACAUUUACCCAAGUGUGAGGAAGGACCGAUAUGACGUAAGUGACUUCAUCAUCCUAUACUGUCCACCCCCUCCAUAUGUCUUCUUUGGGGAAAUAUUCUCUCAGUGUACAGAAUUUGGAUGGGCACCAGAUUUCUCCGCAAACGCGUGUUACGCCCCCUGCUCUGCCCCGGGAGUACCAGUGUAUCUAACACAUGGAGAUGCAUCAUCUGGAGAAAGGAAAGAUCAGUAUGACCACGGAACCACUUUGGUGUUUUCUUGUACUACUACAUGGCGAGUACUGAGCUCGACGCCGAAUCCCACUUGUCAUGACGGAGCAUGGGUUGGCCUAGAUUUUCCAACGUGCGAAGACCCGGUGUGCACCAUUCCUAUCGAUCUGGAUCCGGAUAUCCGAAUAAAUCCGUCUCAAGCCGAAUACAUGUUGGAUGACCUCAUACUUCUCUAUUGCCCUCCUGUACCAUACGCCACGAGAGGGACAGCUUUUUCUGUAUGUACAGAGGGAAGGUGGGAGCCAGAUAUAUCAGACAAUGCUUGUUAUGCGCCUUGCGAGGCAAUAGUUUCGUCUGGACCAUUAGUGUUCACUAUGACGAAAGGCCUGGUCAGGGAUGACAAGUAUACCCACGACUCAGUCUUGUCAUUCAGCUGUACCCGCGGAGUGCUCUCUGGACCUUCUCUUCUGACCUGUGUAGAUGGGACAUGGACUCCUAGUGAUCAACCAAGCUGCAUGUUUGCUGGGACAACAGAGGCAGUCACCACAUCGGAACCCAAGCCCAUCUUCACCCAAGAGUACUUCACUCUUCCACCCGAUGGACAGAAUUGCACAGUUUACCCGACUAUUCUUGACACCGACCUCUACGUGAUUCCGCAGCAGUCCCGGCUCGACAACCAAUUCAUCCACGGUGAUAGUUUUCUUCUCUACUGCAAUGACACCAUCUCAACUCCUAUGAUCUGGUUCACAUUCUGUUGGGAUUCUAGAUGGUACCCUGACCCAUCUCAACGAUUCUGCUACAGAUACUGUGAGGUGCCUGAAGUUCCUCCGGGUGUGCUGCACUUCCUGACUUCAACAGGAAAUUCAUCUUCGACAUUUUAUGAACAUUCUAGUGAGAUCGGUUUUAACUGCUCUUUUGCCACAAGACCCAUCCUUCAAGGUACAGAGACCAUGGUAUGUACAGAUGGUUUAUGGUCACCUACAGAGGUUCCAACUUGCACAGGAGCAUCUACAACUUCAUAUUCAACUACCUCAUUAGCACCAGGGACAACCGAUGAGUUUACGGGUGGAACUUGGAUAUUGACGACGGAGUCACACAUUUCGAUAACCUCCGAUUCGCCUAUUUCUUAUUCUGAAGUUGGCUCUAGCGACUAUACUACCACUAAUGAUAUUAUUACGGUUCACAAAUCAACUGAUUAUAAUUAUAUGGAUAAGACUUCGCUGGCAGUUUUGGAGACGAGUGAUACGUUUUCAACUGAUCCCACAAACGAAUGGACAACCAAUUUCCGUGCUACCAAUGAUAUCCUUACAACUCUUACUAGUUUUAAGCCACCGCUGAGAACAUCCGAGACAACAGGGCAUCCAGUAACCAGUGAUCGGGCCAGUGAUCCCACCACAAACGUGUUGCCAGAAAUCAAAAGUUCUGCAACACCUGUUUCAAACUUCCAAACUCCUACCGAAAAUACAGGCGUAGGAGAAACAGAUCAAACGACAGUCUUUUCGAAAACUAUUGGUGUCAGCGAACAGUCUCCUGGAAAUCCUCAAACCAUACAAGGACUCACAACGGAAAUAGCAAUGAACACACUAAAAUCAGACAGAAUCCAUUCCAGUUCAGCAACAAUAAGCCCUACUACCAUUGCACAGGAGGAAACCCUUUCGACAAGUACUUUAGACGUUUCCAUGAAAGGAACACUUACAUCGUUCUCUACCCUUUUUGAAGGCACCACUGACACAACAGAGGGCGCUCCUUCAAGUGACGUGACUGUCACUCCAGGCCUCAGAACUACCUCGCAGUAUAUCGCAGUCAUGUCAACAAGCAAUGACAUCUCCAGCGAUACCUCAGAUAUCGUACCUACCUCUUUUAAUCUUGGUGAGACUACAACAACCACAAACCCUCUGUCAAGUUACCAGUCGACCACCCCAAUGGUUCCUGUUACCCCUAUUCUUGAAACAACUGUAACGGAAGAAGAAUCUACUACAAUUUCACCAGACAGGACUGGGCCGUUAACUAAAACAAACAUUGUUACAGUUGAUCAACAAGGGACUACGGAAGAAAGAGGGACCCAGACAGCUUGGUGGGUAAUAUUUGCUAGUAGCAUAGGAGGGGCAUCGCUACUAUGGUUGUUGGCUUCUUGUGGCACCCUCAUAUUCGUUAUCAUGUCUAAACAGAGACGAAGGAGCGAUCACAAUAGGUUCGAUGCAUCAGAUUCUAGUGAAAGUGUCGAGUCCAGCGUUGUAUACAACCCAGGCGCAAUCAUGUACUCAGACCCGGAAGAUCCAGGCAUACUUCACUAUUAGUUGGGAGAAAAAAAAAACAGUGAAAGACUUUAAAAUUACUUUAUGGAUAAUCCAGAGGGACAAAUAUUAUGAAUCAAUUUUUAAAUGUCCCAAUUCAGAGGGAUAAUUUUUCGGAGAGACAAUGGACAUGGCAUCCCUGGCACACGAAGACGCAUUUUCCUACAUGCAGUCGAUCGCGUUCUUCGCAAUGAUAGCUAGAUUUCCUGACCGAAUUCCUACGUAUGCCCUUAACUAUUGUUUGUUUUGCAUGAUUACAGAUACAAUAUAAUUUUUUAUUAAUAAUCUAAUGCUCAAAGUGACGCCCAGACAAUUACCUGAAAUGCAUAUCGAAUGGGUUUGUUUUUUUAAGAGCCAAGCUUUGAAACACAUGGAUCUCUCAAUGGCUUACAAAAGCUAGUUUUAAUAUUUAUCCUUAAGUUAGGUUGAUUAAAGAAGUCCAAAUUCGGCCAGUAAAUCAAUCGAAGGCAAAACUGUA